GCAAAACCACCAAUUAUACUAGUCUAAUAGAUAUUUUGUUGCAUUUCGGUUGCAUCUAUGUGUUAAUGUGGAAGAUUUGUCGCUUCGGAUAUUUUCUUCCUAUACAUCGCGAAAGCAAAAACUUUUCUGCAAAAACUUUUUUCAGUUUGGCGGGAACAUGACUCGUCCACGCGUCUUUUUUGAUAUUACCAUUGGCGGAAAUGCAUCUGGACGUAUCGUUAUGGAGUUGUUCAGCGAUGUAGUGCCGAAAACAGCGGAAAAUUUCCGUGCAUUGUGCACGGGUGAGAAGGGCAUUGGCAAGUCUGGAAAGCCGCUACAUUACAAAGGUUCAAAAUUCCACCGAGUUAUCCCAAAUUUCAUGUGCCAGGGUGGUGAUUUCACGCGCAGCAAUGGGACCGGCGGUGAAUCCAUUUAUGGUGAGAAAUUUGAAGAUGAAAACUUCAAGGAAAAGCACAAUGGACCUGGUGUGCUAUCCAUGGCAAAUGCCGGACCAAACACGAAUGGAUCUCAGUUCUUCUUAUGCACUGUGAAGACGGAUUGGUUGGAUGGUAAGCAUGUUGUAUUCGGCCGAGUUGUCGAAGGAAUGGAUGUCGUACAAAAAAUUGAAGCAGUGGGUUCACAAAGUGGCAAGACAUCAAAGGAUGUAGUAGUCGCGAAUUGUGGACAGUUGUAAGAUGUCAGACGUUAAUUGGUAACUCUGGGAGAAGUCUUCUUCCUUCGUUUGAUUUUGUUAUCUGAAAUAACUUCGCUCUCUCUGUUUCUCUUUCUAUGGAUGUUUCGAUAUUUUAUAAAUCUUGAUGUACUUUCAACUUCUGUUGAAGACAGACUUAAGCCAAUUCGAAUUAUAGUUUGAACUUUAUAUCUCCUAGUCUACUGUUUUAUUGGAUACAAACUCUGGUCAACGGACUAGUUGAAAGUUUGCCGGAAACAACCAAAUCACUUGACAAAAUUGUCAUGAUGAAAAUCCGAGCUCUCUGCAUUGCUUUCAAAUCAGUUCGAACCAGCUUUACCUUAUGAUCACUUGCGUCACUGGGAAUUUAUCAGAUUUCUUUUUUAUUAGAAUUAAGAACUGUCCCGUCUUAGUGAUUUAUUUCCCUUCUAAUUUUCUUGUCUGUUUAGACAAUAAAACGUUUAAGCCAGCAGAUAUUGUUUGUCACCGCCGUACCAUAUUGUUGUUAAUUCUUUGAAGAGUUGCUUAAAUUUCGCUUAACUUGUUUUGGCAAUUUAUCGUACAAAUAAGACUGGGAAUCUGUUUUAUUCGACGGACAAUACUGAUCGAAAGCAAUUGUUAGCGCACUGAAGUAUGUCAGGUUACUUUACUGAAUAAAGCUUCG